AUGGUAUUAACUCAUGAGACUCAUUAUGUCUAUCCAUUCCAUUGGGACGUCGUCACUCGUGCCUUUUGGAAUAAAUAUCCUAAUGAACAUCUUGCACAUGUGGAACGUGUCGAUGUAUUGGAUCGAAGAAUAGACAAAGAAGGAAGACUCGUGACUACGCGACUGGCUAAAGUGACACAAAAGAAUGUACCCACCUGGGUUCGCUCUGUUUUGGGGGAUUCUACCUACGUUUUUGAGGAGACAAUAUGUGAUCCGCAGCAAAAGAGGCUCGUACUCCAAUCUACAAAUCUUUCGCUGCGGUCCGUGGCCACUGUCGAGGAGACGUGUGUGUAUUCAGUGCAUCCGGAGAAUGACCAGAAAACGUUGUACGAGGCUGAGGCGAAAGUGACGGCUUUUGUACCGCUACUGAAUCGAAAACUUGAGAGUUUUUCGGUCAGUCGAGGUGCCGACACGGCGGCAAAAGGCAUCAGGGCAGUCGAGGAAAUUUGCAAUGAUAUUUAUGAAGGAACCUUUCAGCCGGCUCUCUGUGAGGCUGCUAAAGACUUGGUGGCUGUAAAGACGACGGAGAAAGACACAUGUGCAGCAAAGCAGUAG